UUCUUUUCAACGUGAGUGUCAGCGUUUGACAGAGGACGUAAAGUAAGGUUCAAGGAUAUUAUCCUUGGUAAGGCACAGGAAUUGAACUUUGUGUUUGAAUCCUGUUGUGCGUUUUGAAAUGACCCACUAUGCAAAGAAUGUAACAUUUUCUUCAUAUUAGUAUACAGAAGAACAUAAAAAAUGCUGUUCAACCGGGGGGUUAAACAGCUUCUUGAUUUGGUUCCCGGGAGAAGGCGUUUUGGGAUAUACAGAUUUCUUCCAUUCUUUUUUGUGUUGGGAGGAACGAUGGAGUGGAUCAUGAUCAAUGUCAGAAUUGGGAAAGAAACUUUUUAUGAUGUUUACCGAAGAAAACAAGCAGAGAGGGGAUACCAGCAGAGAUUGGAGGAUGGACUGAUUGCUCCAACUGGGGAAACAAAUAAAUGAACGGACUAAUCUGUGAUAUGUUACUGUUCUACAGAUCUAUGUGGUUCAAGCAUAUUUAAGUUUCGUGUUCAAGCCACAACAAUCUGUUUAAUCUGUUUAGUUUCUGAAUGUUUUCUAAACAAGUCUAUGGAAAAUAAAGACGUGUUCUAAAAAAUA